CCCCAUUUCAUCACCAUACUAACGAGAUCUUGCGUAUUUCUCUUUUCUCCCCCAUCCUCGCUGUUGUUUCCUGUAGGUCCACGGACGCGCAAACCAAAGAAAAGCCCGGCGGAAAAGAGUAGCAGUGCGGCACAGCAGGCUGCAGCAUCGGCACUCGCCGACGAUAAGCGACCACGGACGGCAUUCAGUGGACCCCAGCUGGCACGGUUAAAGCACGAGUUUGCGGAAAACCGAUACCUUACCGAGCGUCGGCGUCAGCAGCUGAGUGCGGAACUGGGCCUAAACGAGGCGCAGAUUAAAAUCUGGUUCCAAAACAAGCGCGCCAAAAUCAAAAAAUCGUCCGGCCAGAAGAACCCGCUCGCCCUACAACUGAUGGCCCAGGGUCUGUACAAUCACUCAACCGUCCCGCUGACCCGCGAGGAAGAGGAGCUGCAGGAGAUGCAGGCAGCGGCAGCAGCGGCCGCCGAAUCACGCACCGGAUCAGCCGGACCGGCGGCAUCCGCCACGGUUGCGAAUGCGUAAUUGGGGUGUUUUUGGCCAGACAAAAAGAAAUCAUUUACAAGAAAGCAUAUUUAUUCAACUCACUAUCUCUCUCUCUCUCUCUCUACUACCAUUAAUACUACUCGAAUUGCGUGAAAUGGCACGCAAUGGGUUUUUAGAGACAAAUGUUUUGCCCUUAAUGUGUAGCGUGUAAAUAGUAUUGUUCUUCACUACACACACCUGCGAGUGAUGUGUUCUCAAGGUGGAUGCAAAAAUCAAAAACAACUAUGGCAAUAUGAAAAUAACGAGAAAGAAGCGAAAAAAAUCUGUGAUAACUAAAUAAUGAAUAUACCGUAUAAGUGAGUAUGUGCAUGUAUGUUUUUAUUUGUAAUUGUAUCGCGAGCAUUGUCUUGAGCAUUAUGUUCAAGCAAAAAUGUCCCAUGUACAGAUAAGAGGCGAAUGUAUUAUUUAUUAUCCAACAGAAUGGAAGUCGUCCGUAUACUUCCAGACCGUGCGUGUUUUUUUGGUUCUCAGACUACACCGCUUAGCCAGCUGUAAAUGAACUUAUUAAAACGGAAAUCGUCCUACUGGCAGACAGAGAGUACGAGGGAAACAUUCGUACGACACAAAGGCAAACAAAAUUAAGUCAUAUCUAGUGGAAAGGAGAAACGUGCUAGAACUAUCACGAAAUAGUAGGUCCCAAAAAUGGAGUUGGUUUUUUGAAUUAUACUUCUACGAAAAGUUUUACCUAAUCGACAAGCAAAAAAAACCUGGUAAACACACCGGGUUCUGACCUGAACACUCGUUUCGUGGCUCAUCCGUAUAAUAAUCCUCGAUUUUGUUCCCUUCCAACAACCAACAAACGUAAGAUUCAAACUAUCCCAACACGUUCCCGUGGCAUCGUUAGGGAAAUGCGAACGUAACACUACACUGGCGUACACGUGAUUGUUGAGCAAAGUACUAAAGUACUAAAAAUGAGCGCAAAAAUAGUUCACAGACAGGCGCAAACGGGCCGGGUGGCAAAGUAGGAUUGGGAAACGUAGCAGGGAGGAAAACUUACUUGGGAAAAUAAAAUAUUCAUAGUUCAAUUAAAA